GCUAAAAUGGAUCUGUUCCCGUAGCGCCCGAAAAGAGUUGCUUUUUCCUCCCCCUCUCAUGGCUUUCCUUCUCCCUCUCACCGAUACACCCUCCAACCCUCCCGUCAAACGCCAAUACUUCGGUCGGACGAUCGCCGGCACGUGCGGCCCCCGCAAGAGAACUCCGGCAUCGUGCUCUGCUCGUGGUCCGGUCAAGGACGUGGUGAGGGAGAGGGUUAUUAGGGUUUGCGAUCCUCUGCGCAGCGGCGGCCUUGUCCUGUCUCCGAUUCCGUCCCUUACGCUUCUCGGCAGUGUUUCGCCUUCUUCGCUCCCGUCUCCAUCCCUCAAGCCGGAACAGCAGACGGACGAGGAGGAGGAGGGGGAGAAGCAACGGUAUUAUGUUAACAUGGGAUAUGCAAUUCGCUCCUUGAGGGAGGACUUUACUGAUAUCUUCCAGAGGGAACCCAACUUCGAGAUUUAUAGGGAUGAUAUUGUCUUCAAAGAUCCUUUGAACUCCUUUGUUGGGAUAGACAAUUACAAACGUAUAUUCUGGGCACUUAGAUUCACUGGAAGUAUUUUCUUCCGAGUUAUAAGUAUCAAUAUCGUGAGCAUAUGGCAGCCUGUAGAGAAUAUAAUAAUGAUUCGCUGGAUUGUUCACGGUGUUCCUAGGGUGCCUUGGGAGAGCCAUGGCCGGUUCGAUGGGAACUCCGAAUACAAACUCGACAAGAAUGGAAAGAUCUAUGAGCAUCGUGUAGACAAUGUUGCUCUUAAUACACCAACCAAGUUCAAGGUAUUACCAGUGGAGGAGCUGAUUCAGUUGCUUGGUUGUCCAUCGACACCAAAGCCAACAUAUUUCGAGUCACCACCGCCCAAAGGCAUUUCUUGCUUGCCAUUUUUGUUUAGAUUCUCGUGGAUCAGAUGCUACUUCGUACUCUACCUAAUUAUUGCAUAUAGACGUGCUACAAAGGACUGCGAACUCUCUGUACGCUAAUAUUGCACUUAUCAUCAGUUGACUGUAUCGUGAAUUUGAUUUUGUAUAGUGUAGAAUAACGUUUUGUGUAUAUAUUCUUAGAUUUGUUGUUGCAUAUUCUGAUAGAAAAACGUUUCGUGUAAAUAUUCAUAGAAUUGUUGUUUCUUGAA